GCGCGGGGGAACGGAAAGCUCCGGCCCGGGUUUCCCGGCGUCCCGGUGCCAUCCGGGGGGAAGAGUUUAGGCGGCCGCAACCCCGGGAGGGAUGAGGAAGGUGGAGGCGCGGUAGCUGCUUCUCCAGGGACCUGUGGGAUUUAAGAAUAUCUCUCCUAAGAAAAUUUGCUGCUUCUACAGCCUUCCAUCUUAGUAUGCAAUUGAUGACUUCACUUGAAAUGCCUAUCUGAAGAAACUAACAGUAGGCAAAGUGUAAUUGCUUUAUAAAAAUGUUAAAAGUUCAGCAGUGUGUAACAGCUGACAGGAUACCCAAAAAAAAGCCAUAUAUUUGUGACAUUUGCUAUAAACAGUUUGAAACUCCAUCAAAAUUAGCUAGGCAUUAUCUGAUACAUACUGGUCAAAAGCCAUUUGAAUGUCAUGUAUGCCAUAAAACAUUUAGGCAGCUGGUCCACCUGGAGAGGCAUCAGUUAACCCAUAAUCUGCCUUUUAAGUGUAUUGUUUGUUACAGAAACUUCAAAAACUUAAUCACUUUCUUAAAGCAUCAGCAGCUUCAUAAUGAAAAUUAUCAGAAUGAUACCAACCAAGCAGAAAACUCUGUGAAUUCUGAGCAAGACAGAGUCACUUGUGGCAUAUUUCGAUGUUCUAUGUGCUGGAAAUCUUUUACAACUGAAGAGAGGUGGAUGCUGCAUCAGUGUCUGAAGGCAGAUAGCCUACAUGGUGCCAGAAGGAGAAAGCAAACUCAUGCUUGUGAAUCGUGUAACAAGACAUUUCCAUCAAGAUCUAAGCUAGAAAGACACUUCCUUAUUCACACUGGCCAGAAACCUUUUAAGUGUUCUUCAUGUGGUAAAUCUUUCAGACAGUCAACACACUUGAAAAUCCAUCAGCUCACACACACAGAAGAAAGGCCUUUUCAGUGCUGCUUUUGUCAGAAGCGGUUUAAAAUACAGAGCAAACUCAUGAAGCACAAACAGCUCCAUGCCAGAAAUAAGACUUUACCCAAUAUUGUGUACAAAGCAAAGACUCUUAAAUAUCCUAGACCACACAACCUGUUGGAAGGAAAGAGGGAUAGUUUUGAGAAUGCUGCCACUUACGAGUCGCAGGAGAAUGACCCACGUGAUGUUCACUCGAUUUAUAUUGUACCCUUUCAGUGCCCAGCUUGUGAGCAGUGUUUUGAAACGGAGCAGGUUCUAAAUUUGCACAAAUGUUGUUAUCUGAGAGAUGACAAAAGUUCAAAGAAUGGUACAACAGCAUGCAGCCACACAGUCAGCGUGAAAAAUAAGAUCCUGAUGAAGCUGAAGCAUACUGGAGGAAAGGCAACAGAUUUUUCUCUGACUGACAGAAAAAAAAAAAAAUCAGGUCACUUUAAAAGUCCUGACCUGGUUGCAGCUAGAGAUCAGUGUUCUGAUCAGCACGCUUCCACUAAACCUUUCAAGGAUUGCCAUAGCAAGCUUGACAUGCACAAGGCACUUAGUAAUCGGAUGAAAAGAAUGUUUACUGUGCCAUUACAUUGGCAAGAGCACCCGCAACCUCACGACUUUGGAAUUAAUUUAAAAGGUAUGCUUACUGGUGAAAGCAUGUUAAACAUCAAUGAUUCACUGGAUAAUAAAGAUGAUGCUUUUUAUGGUUCAUCAGAUGAUGGUUUCUUUGAUAAUCCAGAAGUACUUCACUGUGCUUUUUCAGCUUCUGCUAAAAAUACACAUAACAGACACAAAGUGUGUAAAUGUGACAGAUGUGAAAAAAUCUUUCCGUCUUCAUCCAAACUUCAAAGACAUUACCUUAUACACACGGGACAGAAGCCCUUUGGCUGUAAUGUUUGUGGGAAGACAUUUAGACAGUCAGCUCACUUAAAAAGACAUCAGCUCACCCAUACUGAAAAGAGACCCUGUAAAAGCCCCGUUUGCCAGGUAGAAUUUGAAAACCUGAACAAACUUUUCAAUCAUCAGGGAGAUCACAUUGAAUUUAAGUCUUCUCAGCCUGUGGGUUAUUCAGGUUAUUCUCAAACACCUUCACAGGCAUCUGGCUUUCAAGAAUUUGAGCUGAUUCAGUCAAACCAAGCAGCUGAAAUCAAAGUUGAAAUCGAGUCAGGGGAUUUUGUUCUUGACACCAGCAGUAGAAACACACAGCCAUAUUUGUGUAGUAAAUUGUUGGGAACAGAGCAAAGCUGUUACAGCUAUUGGCAUGAUUUUUCUGAAUGUACUGAAAAAAGUGAAGUUGUUAACAAAUUGUAUCAAUGCAGUAUCUGCUUUAAAACUUUUAAAUCGCCUUCUAAGCUUGAAAGACAUUACCUAAUGCAUGCUGGACAGAAGCCGUUUGAAUGUUUAGUUUGUGGUAAAAAUUUCAGACAGGCCCCACAUUUGAAAAGACAUCACCUUAUUCACUUCAAAGAGAGCUUAAAGCUGAGUACCGCUGAGCAACAACCAGAGAAUAUAUUGUUUUUAUCAAAACUGGAUAAUGUCCUAUGAAAUUCUAUAUUAAAAUUUUUGGUUGUGUAAUUACUAAAAGGCUUAUGUUACACCUAACAAUUGACUGAAGGGGAUUAUCUCUUUCUGUUAUGGAGAUGACCUGAAGAGUUCAUUUACUGUCUUCAGAACUGUCUACUUGAUAUAAUUUGUGAUGAAUGUGAGAAGAUGUUUAAAAGAAAACAAAAAAAAGCAACAAAAAAGCCACUUUGCAUUUUUUUUCCUAAAUUAAUUUAUAAAUGCACAUUCUUACUGUAUUAAUAGUGUUGCAGCAAUCUGUAGUGCUCCAUGAAUCAGAUAUUUUAAGUUAUACGUUUUCCCAUAUAGUAAUUUAUGAAAUUAUGCUGUGCAAUGAUAACUAUCAGAAAAGUAAAGAUAAAAAGGUAAUUUCCAGAAUACAGAAAAAAUGGUCCCUUUACUUUCUUCUGGCUCCCUAUACCUUGCAAAUAACGGAGACUUACUGUAUUUAUUUCAUACUUUUUUAAAAAAGUAACUAUUAUUUUUAGAUAAAAGGUGCAAAAAAGAAAGUGGAAAAAGUUUAAUGAGAAAAAAUGUUGGUGUGGCAUUAUAGAACAGUUAAUAGAAGAAAUUUAACUGCUUUGUAAUGGGUUUGGAGAUCUACGGAUGAGGAGCUAGAUCUUUUCCCUUUUGAUGAUAAAAUACAAGUAGACAUUGCUAGAAUAGCAGGGCUUAUAAUCAAUUAAUCCAUUUUACCACUUCAUUAUCUCUACUUCUUUGUAUAUCCCUUGCCUUUCCUAGCUUUUUUGGCCAAUUCAUACAAUACUGAACUAUUUUUCUGCAAGAAAAGAGGACAAGAAAUUACCAUUAACAUUACAAACGGGCUUACUAUCUGUUCCAGUCUCCUUUCCUUCUAGCGUACAUAUUGCACCAGUAAAAGAAAUGUUCUCUAAGAUGUGAUAAUAACUCAGAUGAGCAGUUUUGUUGGGAAGUCAUGUUCUCAUUACAUUAAAUAUAACAGACUGAAAAUUACUUUUAGCUCAAAUUAAGUAAUUCCGAUUUUGUAUUAAUAGAAUCUGUAGUUGCACUUUCUGGUAAGUAGAGAGCUUUGCCCAUUGUGCCUGUGGGGCUGGCAAAAUGUGUAAGUGCAGUGGAGCUUUAUUCGUUAUGAGCAAGAAUGAAGUUUGUUUCUUUUUUUUUCCUCUGAAAAAAAUACCUUUUAGGAUAUUUUCCUUUGUUAUACAACUUCUGAAUAGUUGAAACCUGAAGUUUUUAAUCCUAUUUCUAAAUUAACAUUUAACUGUAAGAAACAUGGCAUUCUUUCCACUAUUUAAAUAGUGGAAAUAUUUAUUUAAGUAAAAUGGUUUUGAUAUUUGGGGUUUUUUUUAAUUUUUGAAGUGAUUUAUUUAGGUUUUGCUGUGAGCUUUGCAGUAUUUGGCAUAAAUGAAGUGAAAGGUAAAGGGACAUGUUAUUCUUUCCCAUUUUCAGAGAGAAUAAAACCAGGAAAGAUAUUCAGUCUGUAGUUACUAUGAUUUUUGUAUGACAGACAAAUUCAGUAUCUUAAUAAUGACUAUAGUUAUAUAUUGAGAUUUUUUUCUCCCUAUGUGAACUGUUUCAUAUUGAAAGACAGAAUACUGUAUAAAAUGUUUUGAAAGUGUAUUGUAGAGCUCUUUUAAAAUACUUGUAAUAAACUAUUUUAUUUAUAUUGUAUUAUAUUGUACUUCUAUUGUAUACUUUAUGUGCAAACCAGAGUUUUGAAACUUUGUAACAUUCAAUGUGCAGAAAAGUUUAAGACUACAUAUCAAAAUAACUAACUUUGUGUGUUAGAACAAUAGGUUUUGUUUCAGAUUUUUUUUGUUAUAGAAAUAAAACAGAAAUAUGUUUAAAGAUA